AUGUCAGACUCCAACACAACCAGCUUCACCAACCCCUCCACCUUCAUUCUGAUGGGCAUUCCUGGCCUGGAGGCGGCCCAUGUCUGGAUCUCCAUCACCUUCUGCACCAUGUACGCUAUAGCCAAAUUGGGUAACUUCACCAUCCUGUUCAUCGUAAAGACAGAGCAGAGCCUCCAUGUCCCCAUGUACUAUUUCCUCUGCAUGCUGGCUGUCAGCGACCUGGUCCUGUCCACGGCCACUGUGCCCAAAAUGCUGAGCAUUUUCUGGUUCAAUUCCAGGGAGAUCGAUUUCAGUGCCUGCCUCACGCAGAUGUAUUUCAUUCACUGCUUCUCAGCAAUGAAGUCUGGGAUCUUGGUGGCCUUGGCUUUGGAUCGCUACGUGGCCAUUUGCCAUCCCCUGAGACAUUCCACCAUCCUGACAAAUUCUGUUGUGGCCAAGAUCGGACUAGCCGUGGUGCUGCGUUGUGGCAUAAGUGCAUUGCCCUACCCCUUCCUAGUGAGGCGGUGGCCAUAUUGCAGAACCAACAUCAUCCCCCACUCCUUCUGUGAGCACAUAACCGUGGUGAAUCUGGCCUGUGCUGACACCCGCCUCAGUAGUUACUAUGGUCUCUUUGUGCUCUUCUCUGUGAUUGGUCUGGAUGUGCCUUUUAUCACCGUGUCCUAUAUCCAGAUCCUCAGGGCCAUCUUCAACCUUCCCACAAAGGACGCCCGGAUCAAGACUUUUGGGACCUGUGGUUCCCACCUUUGUUGCAUAUUAUCUUUCUACCUUCCAGAAUUCUUCUCCUCCCUCACACACCGGUUUGGCCACAAAGUGCCGUCUAUUAGCAACAGAGUAAAAUCCUCUUCAGCAAAAAUGGACAUACAUUUUAUAAAAUGA